UCCUGCUCUAAUUUUUAUAUAACUCAUCUACCCCCCACUUUCCACUUUCUUUUUUUCUCGCCUACUUCUUUGGCCUUCGUUUCUUUCAUGUCCUCCUAUUAAUCUCAAUUCAUCGUCUUUUUCUUCCUUAUCAGCUAUAGCUGUUCUUCCUGUUCUCACUGCCAUUCCUGGUGUUUCGUUUUCACGUUCCGUGUAAAUACAGCGUAAAUACAUACACUAAUCAGGUGAUAUUAGAAAUAGAUAGAAGAAGGACCGAAUCAGAAAGAUGAGUUUCUGUGGGAUGCAGCAAAACGGUGUCGUAUCUCGUGAAGAGAUGAACGGAUUUGUAUCUAUAACUGACCGUAGGGAUUUAGUCGUUUGUCCUAAACCUCGCCGUGUCGGUGUCCAUAUUAACGACCCUUCUAGACCUCACCGUUGGUACUUAGGGCAUCAUUCUGAGCUCUCUGAUUCCAGAGCUGGGUCUGAACUGUUGGACAUCAUCCUCAGUAAGGGUGUUCACGGUGCUGAGAGAUCAAGCACUCAAGUAGCUUCAUCACCCCCGUUUUUUUGCGGGUCACCUCCAAGUAGAGUUUCUAACCCAUUAAUUCAGGAUGUGCGAUUCAGGGAGGAAAAGCAACUAAUUCCUCCAUUCUCACCACUGCCAUCAUCGCCGAUUCAGCCUGUUUCAGGGUCUGCGUCUUCACCAAACUCUUCCUCAAGAAAGGGCGGAUGUGUUAGGGCGAAUUUUGGAAAUAAUCCGGCAGUUAGAGUUGAAGGGUUUGAUUGCCUUGACAGGGACCGUAGGAACUGCAGCAUCCCUGCCUUGGCCUAGAACUCAUCACCUGGAUAAGUAAAACGAGUACAUAUAGUGAUCAAAACAAAAGCCUUAAGGCAAAUAUAACAUUUUUAGAGAGGGAAAAAGAUAGCAUGAGAAGAAUUUUGGUAAUUUCUCAGAUGAAGAGUUGUCAUUUUGCAGUGUAAAUACGCAGUUUAAAGAGGUUCCUUUUGUAAGUAAAAAUCUCAUGUAAGUAGUUUGACUAAAAUAAAAAGGUUGGGAAGUUGAGUCUAGGUUUUGUUAAGUCAUAAGUUUGGUUGGAUUAAGAAAUUGGGUUGUUUUCUUGAGUUGAUGUGAAUAUGAGGGAAGAAAAAAUUUCAUCUACUGUAAUUCUAGUACUCUAUGGGUGUUCUUUUGAUAGUUGUUACUAUGCAGCUGUUUUUGUUGUUGUACUCAAGUUGUAUCAAAAAAGCUGCUUUUUUAUUUGAACUCUUUGUAAUACUAAUAAAUAUAGAUGGAUAGGCCAGUGAAAA